AUGGUGAAAACUAGAGGAAGUGGCUCUCGGUCUGUCAAGGAAGUGGUUGGCUCGUUGACUGUUUCUCCAUCUCUCACCAAGAAAAAGGCUCAAAAAAGUACCUUGUCUCAACCCAGCCUCAUUGAUGGUUCCAUCACCACGAGCAGAGCCAUGGUCAUUCCUGACCUAGAAGCCCCCAAAGUACCGUCUGGACCUCCUUCAUCGGCGGCUCUGCUCGCCUCUGUCCCUGGUGAUUCUGCCAAAACCCAUUCUGACUCCUCAGAAUCCCCUGAUGUGCUUGCACCCAAGAAGAAAAGCAAAGGAUGGUUCCAGGCCUCAUCUUCUCGAAAAUCUCCUCGGUCCAAAGGGUCUAAUCCUUUGGAUUCCACUCCAAAGGCCUCAUUUUGUUCCUCUGAUGAUGAUCCCCUUGAAGAAGAUCCCUCUCUUGAUGAAAAUGUUGCAUCAAAAGCUGAGUCUGACCCAUCAGAGGACCCUCCUAUUUCUCCAAAGGGCAAAAAAUCUAUGAAAAUUCCUGAGAUUCUAGUGUUUGGGGUCAUUAAGAAUAUUGAGGAUCGAGGUUGGUUAGGUUCUUUAACUAGGUUGGAUGGUUUUGUUCCUCGAGUAGUUCAAGAAUUCUAUGCUAAUCUUAAUGAUGACCUGUUUGAUCGCAAGUCUUUUAUGUUUGGUCAAGUUUAUGUUCGCGGGCAUUGGUAUUUGUUUAGUGCUGCUGAAAUUGCCAAGAAUAUGGUUUGGGAACCACACUCGGUACUCAAAGUGACCGAUCUUACUCAUUACUAUGUCGUGCUUCACAAAUUUGCCACCAACAACUGGAUUCCCACCACUCAUACCUCCACCAUUACUUUUGACACGGCUUUCUUUCUGUACAAAGUCGGGACUGGUCUCCAAGUUGAUCUUGCCACUCUCAUUUUUUAUCAGAUCACUACCUUAGGAAAAGCCAAAAAGAAAGGCCAAUAUUUGGUGUUUCCUCAUUUGAUCUACAAGUUACUUGAUUCUCAAAAGUCUCUUCGAUUGGAAUAUGAAAUCGUGACACCUCCCACUGCCGGUGCAGACUACAAACUCAAGAAGGAACCCUCAUCAGUAAAGGAAACUAAAGGGAUUGAUCUCAAGGUUGGCGAUGCUGAUUCUGUCAUUACUGAACUCGCUGGUGUCAAGGCCACUCUGGAAUCUGUUCAGACAGAAGUGUUCAGUCUCAGGAGUUGUCUCUCGACCAUAAUGUCUCACUUUGCUGCGAAACCUUCCAAAUGA